AAAAAAAAUUUUCUAUAUCCGAAAAUUUAUUUUAAAAAAUUAAUCAAAUUUGAGGCGCAUGCCCAAGUAUUUUGAUUUCACGGCUCAAAAUACCUAAAGUCUCUUCGCGGAAUAGGAGUCGGCUCUUUCUCUCUCUCUCUCUCUUUCUCUAGUUAAUAAUCUAAAUUUAGAAUGAUGUAAUAUACGAGAUUAAUGUGCACCUUGCGACGAGAUGUCUCCUGGUGUCAGUGGCUCGAAUGCACUUGUUUUCGGGUUGGGUCAUCUCCCUCUUGUACCCAUUAACCUCUCUCUCUCUCUUUUUUUUUUUAUCUUCCAAGUAUAAUCAUUCACAUGAUUAACGAUCCGGAAAUUAAGCCGACGUGGUCAUAGUUCGAUGCGUAAUAAUAAAAAAAAGACAAAUUUUCGCAAUUUUUUGAAUUUUGACGCAUUGUUUUCAAGUUGCUUUUUUUGUGAAAAAAUAGAUGUUAUAAAAACGUGGAAACAGGCGACUGUCAAUUUUACAAAUGUGUGUGUGUGCGGCAUGUGGUAGUGGACGCGUAAACAUGGCAGCCGCGAGAAAUUCUUGAAAGAGUGUACCUCCUGCGCGAAUAAAAGUGUCAAAUGAUAUGAUUCCGGUUUUUGUGCAUCAUAAUUCGAGGUGACAAUGUUAAUGUGUCAUCGUGAAAAAUGAGUGAAAGAAAAUUUACAAGAGGCUUAGGAAAGCCUGGCAUGGCUGCUCAACUCAGGGAAACUGUAUCGCAAGUUGUUCGCGAGAGUACUGUGCAGAAUAAACCGCAUCUCGUUGAACCAAUUGAUUUUGAGAAUUUUGUUUUAAAAAAUAAAACAUUAUUACAAAAUGAUCCACAACGUGAAUUGUUACUUUAUCCACAAGAUGAUGUAUCGCAAGUUGUCUUGCCGAGAAGAUAUCGAACAAUUGUACCCACUGUACAACGCAUUUCCGAUUCCGAGGAAGAUCAAGAAAAUCUCCUGACAAAAGAAUGUAAACGCAGUUAUGCAUCGAAUUGGAAUUUAGUGCAUUACAAAUAUUCCGUCUACAGUGGUUCUUAUCUCGAAUUGCCAAAAAUAUCAAAAGCAGAUGAUUUAAAGGACGAAGUUUAUGAAAUAGACACAGAGAUCGACCAAGUUGAUGAGAUAAUUACAAAAAAUGACAGUAUUGCAAAACAAGGUUACCUAAUGAAGGGACCAGAAAUUGGAAGCAGUGAUCGAAUGUUUGCGCAUAUUGGAUCAAAGUCAUUUAAGCGUCGCUUCUGUCACUUGAGACAAGAAGUCGAUGGUACUUAUAUUCUUGAGAUGUUUAAAGAUGAGAAAAAAGGCGAGGCAAAAUUAUCGAUUGUCAUGGAUUUUUGUGCUGAGGUUGUGAGAAAUCCAAAACGAGGUCGUUAUUGUUUUGAAUUAAGAAUGAGUGCCGAUCAUAAAUCAUAUACACUCGCCGCCGAUAAUGAAAAUGAAUUACAAGAUUGGCUGACAAAAUUAGUUUCCGUUUUACAACAUUAUAAACAACAGGAGGAAAAACGUGCCGCCUCAUUGGAAAGAACAUGUAAUACACCACCGCCAUCCCCUCAACCAAUGCAAGUUUACGGCACUUUAAAGGGCCUUGAACAAAGUAUGAAUCCACAAUUAAUAAAAUAUGCCCGCGAAACUGAUACAAGUAUUGCAUUGGCGAGACGUGAAAAUCGUAAAAGAAUAUUGAGUCUCUAUCCAAAUGUGGCGCAGGCAAAAUCGACAAUUAAUCAUUCGAAUAGUGAGACAAAUGUCGAUUCUUAUAAAGAGCAAUUUGGUCAGAGAAUAUUUGUUAAAUGUGAAAGUUUAAAAUUUCGUUUACAAGCACAAAUUGAUGAGAAUGCAUCACUUUGUCAAGUUGAACCAUAUUAUACUACAUUGUCUUUAUUUGAUGCGCGAAACGGAAGGAAAUUAAGUGAGAAUUUUCAUUUUGAAAUAAAUCAUGAAAUUGUACGUGAUUUUGUUAAGGAACUUAGUCCAACAAGUGUUAUGACGGAGAUAUCGAAAAAUAUUCAAUUACCCGAUGAUUUAUCAACAAUACCAAGCGAUUGGGCAAGAUUUGCAAAACAGGCUAUUUUUAAUAUCAAUAAUCCACAUCCAGAAAUAUUUCUUGUCGUUAGAAUUGAUAAGAUUUUACAGGGGAGCAUUUAUCAAACAUCUGAGCCAUAUUUGCGUGCCACUAAAGAUCCACGUCUUGGUCUUAAGGUUCAUAAACAAGUUAAAGCUUGUUGUCAAAGAUUGGGUAAUUACAGAAUGCCAUUUGCAUGGUCAGCGCGACCUUUAUUUAGAUUAUACAGUAAUGAGUUGGAUACAUCGUCAGAUUUUCCGGCAAUUUAUCGACAAGAAGGGAAUAAAAUCAGAGACGAUGAAUUGUUGAAAUUACUCUCCGAGUACAGGAAACCGGAAAAACUCAACAAAUUGACAGUAAUUCCUGGAUGGUUAAAAAUAAAAAUUGAAGCUCUGUCAGAUAUUCCUGAAAACAGUUUAACGACUUCUUUAGCAAUGUUAAAACAAUUUCCUCUGCCUCCAACGUCUGAACCAACAUUUGAAAUUGCUGAAUUUGAAAGUUCAUUGGAAAAAGAAAUUCAUCCUUACACAACGUUUGUCAAUCAUCUUUAUGUAUAUCCACAGAGUCUUUGUUUUGAUUCACAAAAAAUUUUCACAAGAGCCAGAAAUAUUGCCUGCAUUGUUGAAUUACGAGAUGACGACAAUGAAAAUGCCGAGCCAUUGAGAUGUAUUUAUGGACGACCAGAUGGACCUCUUUUGUGUUUGCGAGCAUCGUGUGCAGUUUUACAUCACAAUUCCGUGCCUUCUUGGUAUGAGGAAAUAAAACUCAGAUUACCUACAAAACUACACACGAAGCAUCAUCUUCUUUUUUCAUUUUAUCACAUAAGUUGCGACAUGAACAAAAAAAAGGAAAACGGCAUUGAGAACUGCGUUGGAUAUUCUUGGCUUCCUUUACUUCAUAAAGGAAGAUUGAACGUCGAUACUGAAAGUAAUGCUCAACUUUUGCCAGUUGCAACACAUUUGCCAGCCGGGUAUCUUUCAAUUCAACCCCUUGGUCUUGGAAAAGGGGUAAGAAAUGCUGGUCCAGAAAUAACAUGGAUCGAUUCGCAACGUCCAAUUUUCACUGUUGGAUUUCAAUUGAAUUCAACGGUUUUUACGAGAGAUGCACAUUUACAUAAUUUUUUUGCUCACGCGGAAAGAAUUCUUGAAACUAAACCAUCGGCAUUGCCUUCGGAUUCGGAGACAUGUAAAAUUUUGAAAGCAGCUCAUGCAAUGCAAUUGGUCACUGUUAUCACAUUUUUGCCAACAAUUUUAAAUCAACUUUUCACUUUAUUAACGUGUAAUGUAAGCGAUGAAAUUGGACUAUGCAUCAUACGACUUUUGGUUCAUAUUAUAAAUAUGGUCCAUGAAGCUGGUCGCAAGGAAAUUUUACAAGCUUACGUUAAGUUCGUUUUUGUCUCACCGGCGAAGGUAAAUGGUAAUCCAACUGUUCACGAACAAUUGGGAAGACAUCUGCCAACUUUACUGCAACCAAGCAACACGGAUUUUCUUGUUGUCAAUAAAUUUUUACAUCAUUCUGGUUUCUUUUUUGAAAUCAUGGUUAAAAGUAUGGCUCAACAUUUACUUACCACCGAAAGAAUAAAGAUGCACAGAAAUGAAAGAUUCUCAAAAGAAUAUCACGAGAAAAUUAAAACUCUUUUGGAAGUUGUUAUGCCAUAUUUAAUGAAUAAAUAUAAAGAAAUGCCUGUGGAAACUCACGAGUUGAACAAAAGUCUUGCCCACUUUUUGAAGAGAUGUUUAACUUUUAUGGACAGGGGUUUUGUAUUUCGCCUUAUAAAUUCUUAUAUGGAUAAUUUUGCACCCGGUGAUCCACGUACUCUACAUGAUUUUAAAUUUUCAUUUCUUCAAGUUAUUUGUUCACAUGAACAUUUUGUUUCCUUCAAUUUACCAAUGAUGCAAUCGCGAAUAACCUCUCGAGAGACAGAGACAGAACCAGAUUGUGAUGAUCUUCUGAAUGAAUAUUGUCUGACGGAGGAUUUUUGUAAACAUCAUUUCUUAGUUGGUCUAUUACUUCAAGAAGUAAAGACAUCCCUCUGCGAAGUUGUACAGGUUCGAAAAAUUGCUAUUGCCACAUUAAGGGAUUUAUUAGCGAAACACGAAUUGGACGAUCGCUAUCAAAAUAAGGGUCAAUUGGGUAGAAUUUCGUCACUUUACAUUCCGUGGUUAAGCAUUGUUUUGGAAAAUCUCCAUCGACUGGAAUACAACGAAGAAAAAUUGGAUAUUAAACAAAAUUCGAAUCGAGUUUCUAUUAAUAAUUCCAUCUCGACAAGUAAAGAAGCAAAUAAUGUGACUGCUGCCAGUACACCAAAAUCAAUACACAGGCUCACAAUGCAUUUGGAUUCACAAUCACCAAUAAGAGCGUCAAUGCAUUUAAGGGAUUCGACAUAUUUUGCAGCAAUUGCUGGACAAACAAUGGUUAAUGGAUAUUCAUGUACAAGUAUUGAAUCUGAUGUUUCAACAAUGUCGGGUGCAUCGCAAUCAAAUAUUUCACAAGAGACAACAAUAAUUCGUGAACCAUUGGAAAAUGGUACCAAAGAACAUAAAUGUCACUCGAGAUCAUUAAGUGUCGUUCAAUCGUCGAAUAGAUGUGAUAAAUUACAAUCGUCCGAAGUAAAAGAUGUUUUACUUGGUUUUCUAUUUAUUAUUAAAUAUCUUGGCGAUCAUCAAAUAAUUGCCUGGUGGCAACAAUGCAGCGAUACGGAAAUACUUAAUUUCUUUACAAUCAUUGAAAUGAGUCUUCAGCACUUUAGAUAUGUGGGCAAAAGGCAAAUUGUCGCGAAUGUCGCAAAAGAAGGCGGAAAGCCAAGAGCAGCAAAAGCAAUGACAUUGCCAGCGAGAAUGGCGCCUCCUGAUUUUUCAAAUGACAGUCCAACAACUGGAACAUUACAACCACAUAAUACAGUUGCACGUGAAAAUUUAGUGGAAAAUGAUUCGGGAAAAAGUUAUCACGCCUUACUUGAAGCGAAUCUCGCGACUGAAGUUGGUCUCAUUGCUUUAGAUUGUCUAGGACUUUUUUGUAUACAUUUUAAAGAAGUGUUACUUACCAAUGAUGGUGGGAAUCCAGUGAUGCAAAGGGUAUUCAAUAUUUAUUUAAUGUUUCUUCAGCUUGGACAAUCGGAAACACUUUUUCGACAUGUGUUUGCUGGUCUUCGAGCAUUUUUGAAUAAUUAUUCAGUCGUUUUGUUUCGAGGUAAUGCAAUAUUGUGUGGAAGAUUGUGUUACGAAUUAUUGAGAUGCUGCAAUAGUAAACUGAGUUCAAUUAGACAAGAAUCAUGUGCCUUACUUUACUUGCUCAUGAGAAGUAAUUUUGAAUUUACCAGUAGAAAAGGAUUAAUUCGAGUCCAUUUGCAGGUAAUUAUUUCUGUGUCAAAAAUGUUGGGAAACGUGAUUGGCUUGAAUAAUUCAAGAUUUCAAGAAUCAUUGUCCCUAAUUAAUAGCUAUGCAUCAUCUGAUAAAGUUAUGAAGGGCACGGGUUUUCCAGUUGAGGUAAAAGACUUGAAUAAGAGAAUUAGAACAGUUUUAAUGGCAACGGCACAAAUGAGAGAACACAAUAAUGAUCCAGAAAUGUUGGUCGAUUUACAACAUAGUUUAGCGAAUUCUUAUGCCAGUACACCGGAGUUGAGACACACUUGGCUUGAAACAAUGGCGAGAAAUCAUGCAAGAGAUGGAAAUUACUCAGAAGCGGCUUGUUGUCAAUUGCACAUCGCUGCUCUAAUGGCAGAAUAUUUAAAAUUGAAAAAAAUUCACACAUGGGGCGCCGAGGCUUUUGAUACUAUUUCGACGAAUAUUAGUCGUGAUGAGCGAGGACUGAAGGUCGAUGCUGGUGAGAGUUGUGUACAAGACAUUCAUUAUAAUGAGAGUUUGCUUUUGGAACAAUUGGAAAUGUGUGCCGAGAUGUUGGAAAAAGCGGAGCGCUUCGAAGUUUUGGGACCUCUUUAUCGACUUAUUAUUCCCAUGUACGAGAGAAAACGAAAUUACGAAGCUCUAUCCAAUUGUUAUUCACAUUUAACACAAUCGUGCAAUAAAGUCGUUGAGGUCACUCGAACUGGAAAAAGACUUUUGGGUCGAUUUUAUCGUGUUGCAUUCUUUGGUUCUGCAUACUUUGAGGAGGAAAAUGCACAGGAAUAUAUUUAUAAGGAACCAAAAGUAACGUCACUUUCAGAAAUUUCCGAACGACUUUAUCAUCUUUAUUCGGAAAAAUUUGCAGCUGAGAAUGUGAAAAUGAUAAUGGACUCGACGCCCGUCGAUGUUACUGAAUUGGAUGCUAAAAUGGCCUACAUUCAAGUGACUCACGUGACUCCUUAUUUUGAAAAAAAUGAAUUGGAAAUACGUCCAACGGAAUUUGAACAAAAUCACGAUGUUUCGUGUUUUAUGUUUGAAACGCCAUUCACAAAAGAGGGAAAAGCUAGAGGAAGUCCUGAAGAACAAUGGAAACGAAGAAGCAUCCUUACGACUCACUAUACAUUCCCAUAUGUAAAGAAACGAAUUCCCAUUAUUGAGAAACGAAUUGUGGAGCUUAGUCCAAUUGAAGUUGCCUUAGAUGAAAUGAGACAGAGAGUUCAAGAAUUGGAGGAUGUUGCAUUAAUUGUUCCAACUGAUGCAAAAAAAUUACAACUCAGGUUGCAGGGAAGUGUUUGUGUCACGGUUAACGCCGGACCAUUGGCCUACGCUUCCGCCUUUUUAGAUCCUGCCCUCUCUCCACAAUAUCCCGACGAUAAAGUCGAAGAAUUAAAAGACGUUUUUAGGGAAUUUGUGAAAAUUUGCUACACAGCAUUACAAAUUAAUGGUAAAUUAAUAUCAUCUGAUCAACAUGAAUAUCAAGAAGUUUUACGUGAAAAUUAUCAAAAGCUGUGCCAGAAUUUAUCAUCUUUAUUAGGUGAGCCAAUAUGGUCGGACGAUCAAAUUGGAAGCUUCAAACGUAACAGUGCAGCGUUAUUUAGCGCAAUAAGUGGCACAAAUAGUCACACAAGCACCGCCUAAUUUUUUGAGACUGAAUCUUUGAUACGCAUCUGGAUAAACUUUUUUAUAUAUAAUAAUAUUAUACAUAAUAGGUAUGUAGAAGCAGGUUUUUACAUCAGCAUACAAAAACAAAAAAAAAUGUAUUUUAUUUCGAAUCUAUUUAAGCUUCUAGAAUCUAUAAGGGACAAAAAAAGAAAUUCUUUUCUCUAUCUCGAUUAAAAGUAUUUUUCACAAUGUCGGCCAGUAUAUUCUCGGGAAUAAUGUGUUUUUAACUAUUUUAAAACAAAAGUAGUGAAUUAUUGCUUUCUGUAUUUUAUGAAUCUCGAAGAAUUUUUACAUUUUUCAAACGCUACAGAUGGAGAAAAGAAAAUUAAAGUCUUCCUUAAUGUUAGUAUUCUAAUUUGUCUUCCAAAAAGGUCUUUUCAAAUUUUUUUUUUUGAACUUCGUUUUUUUUUGUCUUAUUCAAAAAAGUUUUUGAUACAAAAAUUAAAAAUAUCGUAUAAUUGAUAUGUUUGUUUUCGGAUUUUUGCGAAUUCGAAUCAAAAAUUAUUUUUUCGUGAAAUUUGUAAGACAAUUAAAAAUGGGGAGAUGAAAACUGCCAUAUUAAUUAGCAUUUAAGAAUUCUUUGACAGAAUUCGAUAAAUGCAAAAGACGAAGUAGAAUUUUGAAAAAAUUUUAUCUACAUGACGUUUAGUCAAAUUAUUUGUAUAAUUUCUCAAUGUUAUGCAAUUUUAUUUUUAGUUAUUUUUUUUAUGUUAUUUUUUUACUUCGAUAAUUUAGUAUGCUCAUCUUAUUAAGCAUUUAUUUCACCGACUUUAAUCAAAAAUAUUUUUUAAUUGUUUUUUUUUUGAUAAAUUUUUAGUCAUGAGUUAUUUAAUUAAAAAUUAUAAAACUGAAUAAUCGGUAAUAUUAAUUACAAAUAUUGUAAUUAAAAAUAAAUCAAAUAUAAUGACGGUUUGCCCGAAAAAAGAUAUCAUUAUUAAAGUUAAUUAAGGGAAUGGGAUGUUAGGAAUAUUAUAAAUAAAAAGAUUGAAGUAAUUUAAAUAUCAAUUAUUAUUUAAAUUAACUUAUAAUUGUUGUCAGCUAAUCCAAAUAUAUUUGGAUAAUAUCUCAUAUGAGACAUUAUUGAUAAAUUUGCACUGCACUUAAACAGAAAUAGUUUUUACAACUUUCUCUCAUGAGAAAUCAAAGGCAAUAGAAAGAAUAAUUCAUAAUUAUGAAAAAGCGCGCUACAAAAUUUGAAUUAAAUAUUACCGACUAAAUAUUAAAAUUAAAUAAUUAUAUCUGCCGAUAACUCUCUUUAUUCGUUACUAUAUAGAUAUUAUAUGUAUUGUGAUAUAUAUUUACAGGGUACAAUUUAUUUUUUUCUCGUCAUUCAAACUUUAAUUUAGUGCCCAAAUUAUUAUUUGUAUAUAUUGGCAAUAAUUUAAUAAUAUUAUUUUUUUUAAACUAUAGUAGAACAAUUCUGAAUUUAAAAUAUAUAGAACAGAGAAUUUUAAUAUUUGAAAAAAGGCAAAAUUUAAGCAGAAAAAUUUAAAAAAUUAAUAUUUGGAAAAAGUGAAAAUUUAGGGGAAAAAAAUUAACAAAAAAAAUUAGUUAUUUAAAAAAUUAACAUUUUGAAAAAUUUCGAAAAAAUUAAUAUUCUUUUAUUUUAUAACUUUUCUUUUUUUUUGUAUAAUUUUUGUCUCGUAGGGAAAUUAAUGAAAAACUUAAUAUGUACGUUAUAUAUAUAUAUUCUACUAACAGUUUUUUUUUUAAAUUCAUAGUUUACAAUAUCAAAUUUUUCAAUAAAAUUCUAUUUCAUAAUCCUAAAAUCUAAAUUGUUUUUGCAAAUAACUAAUAAAAUUAGUCGGCGUCGAAUUUAGUCAAAAUAAUAUUAAAUUGACCCAAAAAUUAUUAUUUUCUAGAAAAAGUGAUAAUUUUUUUUUCUUUUUUUUGAAUUUAAAAUCUUUAUUUUUUUUUGUAAUAUAUAAUUUUUGUCUCGAAGGGAAAUUAAUGAAAAAAUUAAUGUGUACGUUAUAUAUGUAUGUACCUUUUUUAUUUUAAGCUACAUUCAACGUCUGUAUAUUAUUAUUAUUAUUAUUAAUAUAAAUCUAGGCUAAAAAGAUAUAAAAUGAUUUUAUAAAUUUUGCGAAAUAUUAUAAUAGCGAUGAAACAUUUGUUGAUUCAUUGAAAGUUUUCGCAAUUUCUUUGCAAAUUGAAUGUUGCGUGCGAAACUAUAGAAAGUACUUUUGUGAGUGAAUAUUGUAAAUGUCACUCGUAGAAAAAUUUAUUCGUUUUUUUUUUUUUUUCAUAAAUCUUAUAAUAUAUUAUAUUAAUCAGUUGUGUCCUUUUAUAAUUUCAUGUUUAGAUAUAGAAAAAUAAAAAUAUAUAUUAUAUAUGUAUAUUGUAAAUGUACAGCUGACUUGGGACACGUCUGAUUUGCUGAAAAAUGCGCAUUAUAAAUAUAGCUAUAUAUAUAAUAAUAAUAAUUAUAACAAUAAUAACUGUUUGUACGCGCAUUCAUCUAUUGAAUGGAUUUUGGAAAAUUUUACAUUAUAAUUGAUUGACAAUUUUGAAAAAUUUUAUGUAUAAUAUUUAUAUAUAACUUUUUCAAUCUGCGUGAAAAAAAAGUGGUCAGAUUUUCUACAUAAUCAUUACUUGCAUUUAAGAGUUGUAAUUAUAAUUUGACAGAAUUUGUUUCAGAGUUUUAUAGAAUUUAAGUUUCCUUUUUUUUGUGUUCGUUUCAUUGACAUAAUUUCAAACUAAAAAUUCUGAUUUUGAGAUCAGAAAAAAAAAAAUAUUAUUUAGCAGAAUAAUAAAAUUAAAUUAUAAUAAAAGUAAAUUUUAAUCUAAGAAAAUAAAAAGUUUGUAGAAUAACUUAUAUUAAUAAUUAAUGAACUAUUAAUUAAUAAUUUUCAUUUUAAAUUUUUAUAUUCAUUUUUCAAAAUACAAAAUUUAGUUUGCAAUUAUGUUAAGAAUGACGAAAACUAAUUUUUUGCGUGCAUUUGUUUGUUUAUUAUUUUUUUAAGGGAGUAAAGUCAUGACAAAAUGUGAUUGAUGGGGAGUGAGGGACAAAAAAAAACUGAAACGAGAUAAAUAAUUGAAAAAGUUGAUGUUAUUUACGUUCAAUAAAAUGUAAAUGUAAUUAUUUUUUUUAUAUAUAUAUAUUAUGAAUUAUUAUCGGUUGCUUUAUGUUUUUUGUUGAAAUUAAGAAAAUAUUUCUUAUUCAUAUACGAGUCAAUUUAUAAUAAAUAAUAGAGAAGAGACAGGGAGAAAGAUAAGAGAGAGAGAGAAAUAAAAUUUUGUUUCUCACAUCCACUAGAAAAAAAAAUUGUUUUUAAAACUCACAAAUUACGAAAUUUUUAAUAAGCUUCUUAUAAAUUCUUUCAUUUUUUUUUUUUUUUUUUUUUUUUUUUUUUUUUUUUUUUUUUUUUUUAUUGAA